AUGGAAAAUCAGAAUGAAGAUUACAUGUUUGCCAAACGUUUACAGGACGAGUUUGAUAAAGAACUUCUAGAAAUCAGCUCUGAUGAGGACGAUGUUUGUUUUGUCAAGACUGUGCAGCAAGACCAUGAACUAGCCGUGGAACUCCAAUUGAAAUAUGAAGCAGAAGCAGUCGAGCUGAUGUCGGAUAGCGACGACGACGUUAUUUUGCAAGCUGAUGCAGGCUCGCAACCUUCCAUCGAUUCUAAAUCGAACACGGUCCCCAUUAAGCGAGAAAAAAAUCAAGAAUUUCGCUCCGAACCUAAGAUUUUCAGGGCAGAGCCCAAUGAUCUGAAUUGCGAAGAAUAUUUCAUAGAAGAACUUCAAACGUAUGUAGAUCCGGAUAACACUUUCGAAUGGAAGUUCAUCGAUGUGUUACCGGAUAUUCGUGCUGUUUUCGAGAAGUUCGAUGAACUAUUUUUCCAGUCCCGCUUUAAAGCCAAAAAAAUCUCCAUUACUUGGUCAGAAUCAAUGGGCAAUAGCUGUACAAACCGAAACUUCAACGAUGAGGAAGGAAGGUAUACCAUUGCCUUGAACGCACCGUUGCUGACAUUACGUCCUAGAAUCCAAAUAAUCAGCAUUAUUUUACAUGAAAUGAUCCACGCUUUUCUUAAAAUGGAAGGAACAAAAGAGCCGAACAAUGGACAUGGAGAAAAUUUUCGCAAGAUCAUGAUACACUUUAACACCAUGCUCCACACAAACAUAUCGUUCAAUCACAAGCUGAACGAUUCCAGUCUAGUUUGUCGAACUGAGUGGUACCGCUGUACAGGAAUUUGCCACAACUACAAACCAUUUCACGGAAUCGUGCGAUCAGUUGAAGGGCCCCCGGGUUUGCAUAAUGAAUGGUGGAAAGAGCACGCAGACAGUUGUGGAGGCACAUUUUACAAAAUUUAUGAAAUGAGCAAAAAAAUGAACGGAAUUGUCUCUACUCGUUAUGCAGUAAAUGUAAAAUACAUGCUGCCAAAACGAGAAAACAUACGUGGACGGUACAAGACUGCUCUUGCACCAAAAGAAUCGAUCGAUUUGACAACAGAUAUUCCGAGCAUAAUUUCUACCGUGAACUCCGACAUCGUCGCAGUCGAUGUGGAUGAGCAUGACGGCAUUUCUACUGGCUCUGGUGCUGCCGAUAAAUUCAUAGCUAGUUUUUCCCGUUCCAUUCCGUUUACUCGGGAUGCUUGUGAAAUGCAAUGCCCCAUUUGUCAAGAUCGUGUUAAAAGAAAACUCUUCAGCAGCCACAUCGACGGUUGUAAAGGAUUUGUACGACUUGUUAGCUGGAAAAAGUCCGCUAAUGGCAAAAUUGUCCAGAAUGGAUUAAUGGAACUUAAGGCCCAACCUGGAUUGCAACCUACGACGACCGGCCAGAGAUCCCGUUAUUUUUUCGACCCAUCGGCAUCAUCAUCAUCAUCUAAUUCUUCGUUCAAUCGCUAUCAACAAGCCAAACGACAACGGUUUGGUUGAUUUAAAGGGGUAUCAGCAGCGCACGAAUGACGUCGACCUGCGCGUAAACAAAUUCCAGCUGUAAACAAUCGCAUCAGCUGUGUUUUGUUUACAAACUCCCGACACCGGUUUGCCGCAGGCUGUUAUUUGCCGGUUUGUAAACAUUGCUCAGUGUUCCCAGCUAAGCUCAAGUUCCGCUCUCUAAAAAUGAAAUCCCCGUUAAAAUGGAAUAAAAUUGUUAUUUAUACAGUUCGUUUACCAGUGAGAAUACGUGACACGAUA